AUGAAUAAUCAAAUAGAUAAAAUAGUAAACCUUUCACAUUUAAUAUUAAAUAAAAUAGUUAAUUAUUUAGAUAAUAACAUUGAUAUCAUUUGCUUCAGUUUAGCUUGUAAGAGAUGGUACAAUGAUAGAGAUAAAUAUUUAGUAUUCAACACUGAUAAUAUCGACUUAUUUACAUUUAAUACCACUGAUACCAAUCAAAAUCAUAAGCAUUUCAAAUUACCAUCAUAUAAUAAUAUCUUGUUGAAAUCAAUUCAAUCAAAAACCAAAUGUACACUCUCUGUUGGCUAUAACCAAAAAACCAGUUAUGACUAUCAUUUCGAUAUUUUAUUAUGUAUUGUUGAAACUGAUUAUUUUAAUUUUAAAAAUAUCAAAGAUGAUGUUAGAAAUCUCAAAAGUAUUCCCAACAGUGUUUCAACAAUCGAAAUUCUAUCUGAUAGAGAGGAUGAACAGGAGUAUCUGUAUAGAUUAAUAUCAGAAUCACAAUCAGUAACAAAGCUGAAUGGAUGCAGCACAUUGAAAUAUGGAUUACCAAAGUCAAUCAAAUCACUAAAGAUGGAAUUCGAAUUCAAUGAGCCACUCGCUAAAGGAUUACUUCCCAAUUCAUUGGAGGUGUUAGAUUUUGAAGAUCCUCUCAAACAAGAGAUUCCACCAGGUGUACUUCCAGAUGCUUUGCGCAAACUUUAUCUUGACCGAUAUCGAUAUGAAUUUCUGCCAGGUGUCUUCCAGUUGGUUUGCAUAGCAUUCAUCUAUUCAACCAUAAACAUGAUAUUCGACAAGGUCAAACUUUAUCUACUCAACUAUCAAUAUGAAAUUCUACAAGGUGCACUUCCUGAUGGUUUGCAGAAAUUUAAUCUAGAUGGUUAUCAACAUGAAAUUCAACCGGGUGUACUUCCUUCAUCUCUAAAAAGUUUAUCUCUUACCAGUUACAGUUACAGCCGUCCAAUCAAAGAAGAAUUAAAAUAUUCAAUCGAUUCUGCUCCAAUAAGUGAAGAUAGUACGGAAACCGAAUCUUUUUUGCCAAUUUCAUGGUUACAAGCAAUAUCAUCACUUUCCAAUCUUCGAUCACUUGACAUUUAUUAUCCCAUACACAAUCGACAUGAUACCAUAAUAUUCAAUCUCAAUUACCUCCCACCAACUUUAGAAACACUAGAUAUUACACUAAAAAUCAAAAAGAGCAUAUUGAAAGGAACAAUGCCAACAUCAUUGAAGAAAAUACGUCUUGUUGAUUGUCCGAUUUAA